AUGGCGGUUGCAGCCAAGAUAGCACCGUCGAUGCUAUCAUCAGACUUCGCCAAUCUGGCAUCAGAGGCCGACCGCAUGCUUAGAUCCGGCGCCGAUUGGCUUCACAUGGACAUCAUGGAUGGUCACUUUGUACCAAAUCUUACGAUUGGUGCUCCGGUCAUUGCGAGUUUAAGAAAACAUACCAAGGGUUAUUUGGAUUGCCACCUUAUGGUCACAAACCCUCUUGAUUAUGUGGAACCAUUCGGAAAAGCUGGUGCUUCAGGUUUUACUUUUCAUGUGGAGGUGUCCAAAGAUAAUUGGCAAGAACUCGUUCAUCAAAUUAAAGCCAAGGGCAUGCGGCCUGGUGUGGCAUUAAAGCCAGGAACCCCCAUUGAAGAAGUGUAUUCGCUGCUUCAAGGUGAACAUCGUGUGGAGAUGGUUCUUGUUAUGACCGUUGAACCUGGAUUUGGUGGACAAAAGUUCAUGUCAGAAAUGAUGAAUAAGGUACGCACACUGAGAGAAAAGUUUCCAACACUCGAUAUAGAGGUAGAUGGAGGUUUAGGGCCUUCAACUAUUGAUGAUGCAUCUAGAGCGGGGGCAAACUGCAUCGUUGCAGGCAGUUCGGUGUUUGGAGCCGCCGACCCGGCUGAGGUUAUAUCAUUGUUAAGGAAAAGUGUCGUUGAGGCGCAGAAAUGUAGUUGA